GUUUUAAUUUCAUUAUAUUACAUGUUGGUUGUAAAAAUAUUAUUUUCAAAAUGAUAUUUAUUCAUUGUCAAUUGCUUCUAAAAUCGUAUUUUUAUUUUGUAUUAAUUAGGCUAAUAUAAUGUCUUCGAAAAAGCCAUCAGGAUCGUGGUUUGCGAAACAAAGACUUAAAAAAGAAAAGGAAAGUAAAAAAUUAGCAAAAGAUAUUAAUAAAUGGUUAAUUUCUGAAACCAUUAAUGCUAAUAAUGUUGUAGUUGCGCCACCUGAGCUAGAACCAUCUGGUAUAUCUUCUAACCAUUUAAACAUUUCAGAUGUAGAAUCUGAACAAAUUGACAAUGUGGAUUAUUUUAUUGAAAAUAACCAAAUAGAUGUUGUAGUUGCGCCACCUGAGCUAGAACCAUCCGGUAUAUCUUCUAACCAUUUAAACAUUUCAGAAGUAGAAUCUGAACAAAUUGACAAUGUGGAUUAUUUUAUUGAAAAUAAUCAAAUAGAUGUUGUAGUUGCGCCACUUGAGCUAGAACCAUCUGGUAUAUCUUCUAACCAUUUAAACAUUUCAGAAGUAGAAUCUGAACAAAUUGACAAUGUGGAUUAUUUUAUUGAAAAUAACCAAAUAGAUAUUGACUGUAAUAUUAAUUUUAAAGACCCUGGAACUUGGCCACCAAUUACUUCAUCUAUUAGAACAUUAUUGGUAGAAAAGGGGCCACAACAUUAUGAACCAAAAAAUGUACCAAGUGAUGAUAAAGGUCGGCACUUCAGUAAAAAGUGGUUUUAUAGAAAUUUGUCUAAUGGAGAGAGAGUGAGAAGACAGUGGCUCAUGUACAGUGAACUGAAAAAUUCUGUAUUUUGUUUUCCAUGCUUAUUAUUUUCUAAUGACAAUAGAACAUGUCCUUUUUUAAAUAAUGGUUUUGAUGACUGGCAGCAUUUGAAUCCAUAUAUCCCAGAUCACGAAAAAUCUAAAAGUCAUUUAAAUAAUUUUAUAUCUUGGAAAGAACUAGAAAAAAGAAUACAUAUGGGAGUAACAAUAGACUGUGAAUUUGAAAAAACUAUUGAAAAAGAAAAAGAAAAAUGGCGUAACAUAUUGAGAAUUAUAAUUGAUGUUAUACUUUUUUGCUCAAAAAAUAAUUUGGCCCUUAGAGGUACUACUGAAAAAAUUGGUGAUUUGAACUCUGGUAUUUUUUUACAGUUAAUAGAACUUAUUAGUCACUAUUCUCCCAUACUAGCUCAACAUGUCCAUGAAGUUAAGCAAUCUAAUUUUUGUACUAGUUAUUUUUCACCUACAAUUCAAAAUGAAAUCAUCGUUUUACUAGGACAAACAAUAAGAAAUAAAAUUAUAACAAGUAUAAAAGAGGCAAAAUAUUAUGGUAUUAUGUUUGAUUGUACACCUGAUAUAUCACAUAAAGAACAAAUGUCGCAAAUUAUUAGAUAUGUUAAAAUUGAUAAUACUGAGAUUUCAAUUGAAGAAAGUUUUGUCGAUUUUAUACAAUCAAGAGAGAAAACAGGUACUGGAUUGGCAAGUGAAAUAUUAAAAAAAUUAGAAGAAGAUGGAAUAGAACUAAAAAAUUGUCGAGCACAAGGAUAUGAUAAUGGUGCAAAUAUGGCCGGAAAAUAUAAUGGUGUGCAAGCAGUAAUAUGUAGACAAAAUGAGUUAGCCACAUUUAUUCCAUGUGCUGCACACAGCUUGAAUAGAAUUGGAGUCCAUGCAGCAGAAACGUCGCCCACAAUGAUUUCAUUUUUUGGAACUGUUCAAAAGGUAUUUAAUUUUUUUUCUAGUUCCGUUUCACGGUGGGAAAAAUUAACAAGCGUUUUAAAAGUCACAUUAAAAUCCCAUUCAGAUACACGUUGGUCGUCAAAAAAACGAGCUGUUUCUGCAAUAAAUCAAAAUAUUACACAAGUUUAUGAAAUUUUGCAAUGUAUGUCAAAUGAUGAAUCUCUGAGUGCGGACACGAUGGAAGGAGCUAAAUGUCUUCUCCGUUUAUUUAACUUCAAAAUAUUUAUCUUAUUGGAUAUUUGGGACCUAAUAUUAACACAAAUCGACUUAAUAAAUUGUUCCUUACAAUCAAAAAAUCAAACAGUAGAUACUGCUUCAUUUAUGUUAAAAGGGUUAAUAUCGUCUAUAAUGAAUAUCAGAAAUAAUGGAUUGGAAAUCUCAAUAAACAAGGCAAAAGCAACAGCUUCAUUUUUAAAUAUCCCUUCACAUUUUGAAGAAAAACGUUCAAAAAUUAUCAAACGACGUUUUGACGAUUCACCGAAUGAUGAACCAAAGUUGAGAGCAGAACAAGAACUAAACAGAGAAUGUUAUUUAGCCAUGGACUCAAUUAUUUCUAAUUUUAGCAGGAGAUAUGAACAGAUGAAUAAAGUUGUUUCAGAUUUUGGAUUUUUAACAGGUAAUAAACUAUUUAAUAUGAAAUCAGAAGAUGUGUUGAAAUGGUCAAGAGAUUUGGCUAUGAAGUACUCAGACGACCUCAAUGGAUUUGAUCUGUAUUCCGAAUUAGAGUGUUUUAAAAAUCAAGCUUAUAAUUUAAUGGACAAUUUUAAAUCAGCCACUCCUUUAGAGCUACUAAAAUUUAUUCAUAAGUAUUCUUUAAAAGAUGUUUAUCCUAAUAUUGAAAUUGCACUCAGGAUAUUUUUAACUAUACCGGUCACAACUGCAACGUGUGAAAGAAGUUUUAGCAAACUUAAAAUUAUUAAGAACUAUCUGAGGUCUACAAUGUCACAGGACAGAUUGACAAAUAUGGGUAUAAUAUCAAUUGAACGUGAAUUGGCUUCAAAAAUCAACUUUGAAGAUAUUAUAGACGAAUUUGCUACAAAAAAAGCACGAAAAGUGAAAUUUUAAAAUGUAAAAAAAUUAUUUUU